GUCAGGGUUGAAAUUUGAUGAAAAAGCUUCAUCACAUUUUAGUUUUUAAGUUACUUUCAAUCUCAACUUAGUUUCGACAAAUUGUUGUUGUUUUCCAACACACACACACAUACGCAGAAGCAGAGACGCCAGAGUACCGGAAACGCAUUGAUGACGAGCGCAGACGACGUCAUUUGGACAAUUGUGGGACGCUAGCGCCAACUGGCGGAUGUCAAUAAGGCCUACAAACGGCAGCCGCUCGCUAACGGCACCAGCAGCGGGCCAACGCCAACAAACUGCUGCCCGAAGUCAACAGGAGCAAACACAGCCGGAACAGCUGCUGGCUACGUCUCAGUCCUACUACAUAAUUGGGGAGCAUCGAUAUAGUUGGGAGCGCGCGCUUGGUUCCCAUAGUGGAGCCGGCGGCGCGCGUUUGCCUCCCCCUCCGAUGUACAGUCAAGAUCCGAGGAUCGGUCUCUUUGGUGCCGCAGCGCCGUCGCAGUCGCCGCAGCCGCAGCCACCGUCACCACCGUCACCGCCACCGCCGUCGUCCAACAAUCGGCUAAACAGUCUGCUUAACCCAACUCAUUAUUACCCAUCACCCGGACCCGUAUCAUCACCGCCAUCCUCGCAUUCACGAAUUGUAGCCGGCUCAAAUAAUUUUAAUCAUCGCUCCCGCAAUACACGCAAUGCCCAGGGGCAGCAGCAGCACCCACGCAUUCAGCACGCGAACGUGCCACUCAAUGUGCCGCAGCAGCAGCAGCAGCAGCAACGUGGCUCGGCACGCGCUGCAACUAGCAAUAAUACGUUUGCCGCAUUGGGCAGUGUGGCAGCACACGGUGAACAUUCCGUAAGAGCGACAGCAGCUAUGCAGCCAGUCGGAGCCGGUGCCUGUGCCGGUGCCACACAAAUGCGCGAAAUUGGACGCAAGUAUCCAUUGUGGCUGCCCGAGUAUAAACGUCGCGCAUUCAAUGCCUCCAUGGAUGAGAAGUACGUGGAGGAUAUAUGGGCCACACUGAAAAAUGCUAUACAGGAGAUACAGAAGAAGAACAAUUCUGGCCUGUCCUUUGAGCAGCUGUACCGCAAUGCGUACAAUAUGGUGCUCCACAAGCAUGGCAAUCGUCUGUACCAUGGACUGAGCGACGUCGUCUCGAAGCAUCUGGAGCAGAAGGUGCGGCAGGAGGUGCUCGAGCGCUUGCACAGCAAUUUUCUGCCGAAAUUGAAUGAAGCCUGGACCGAUCAUCAGACCUCAAUGGUCAUGAUACGCGACAUACUCAUGUACAUGGAUAGAGUCUAUGUGCAGCAACGCGGCUUGGAUAAUGUCUAUAAUUUGGGUCUUAAUUUAUUCAGGGAUCAGGUCGUUCGCUUUCCGGAAAUACAGAAAGCGCUACGAGAGAGGCUGCUGGGCAUGGUUAUGGAGGAGCGUCACGGCGAGCCGAUCAACCAUUUGGCGAUCAAAAAUGCCUGCACGAUGCUCAUUACGUUGGGAAUCAAUUCGCGAACCGUUUAUGAGGAGGACUUCGAGAAGCCUUUUUUGUCACAGUCGGCGGCCUUUUACAAAUUCGAAUCGCAGAACUUUCUUGCGGAGAAUAACGCUGGCGUUUACAUCAAGAAAGUUGAGGCGCGCAUCACCGAAGAAUCAUCGCGUGCAGCACUUUAUUUGGACAAGGAUACGGAACCGCGCAUUGUGCGUGUCGUUGAGGAGGAGCUAAUUAAGAAGCACAUGCGCACCAUUGUCGAAAUGGAAAAUUCGGGCGUGGUGCACAUGAUCAAAAACUCUAAAACCGAGGACUUGGCAUGCACAUAUAAAUUGUUCUCACGCCUCAAGGAGGAGGGCCUCAAAGUGAUUGCCGACACAAUGUCUGCCUAUCUGCGCGAACAAGGCAGCAUGCUGGUCAAAGAGGAGGAGAACGGCAACACGAAUCCAAUAACAUUUGUGCAAAAUUUGCUCGAUCUCAAGGAUCGAUUCGAUCAAUUUUUGCUGCACUCAUUUAGCAAUGAUCGACUAUUCAAGAAUGUCAUCUCUGCUGAUUUUGAGCAUUUUCUCAAUUUAAAUAACAAAUCGCCCGAGUAUCUGUCGCUCUUCAUUGACGAUAAGCUGAAAAAGGGUGGCAAGGGCAUGAGUGAGCAAGAAAUUGAAACCAUUUUGGAUAAAACUAUGGUUCUCUUCCGAUUUCUACUUGAAAAGGAUGUCUUUGAGCGCUAUUACAAGACGCAUUUGGCCAAACGUUUGCUGCUCAACAAAUCGGUCUCCGAUGACUUUGAGAAGAAUAUGAUAUCCAAACUAAAGACUGAAUGUGGCUGUCAAUUUACAUCAAAACUGGAGGGCAUGUUUAAGGACAUGUCUGUGUCCAAUACGAUUAUGGAUGAAUUUAAAAGUUAUGUAAAUAAUAACAGUUUGUCAUUAAGCGGCGUGGAGCUGACGGUGCGCAUUUUAACCACCGGAUUUUGGCCCACACAGACGGCAACGCCCAAUUGCAACAUACCCUCAGCACCGCGCGAGGCCUUUGAGGUGUUUAAGAAAUUCUACCUGGACAAGCACUCGGGUCGGCAGCUGACGUUACAGCCGCAGAUGGGCACUGCCUACAUCAACGCCGUUUUCUAUGGCCGCAAAGCGAAUGACAGCGACAAGGACAAGGAUGGGCCAAGCUCAAGUUCAAGUGGCUGUCCUGUGCCCACCACAACACGCAAGCAUAUAUUACAAGUGUCCACCUAUCAAAUGUGCGUUUUGUUGUUGUUUAACAAUCGGGAUUUACUGACCUAUGAUGACAUACACCAAGAGACGGAUAUACCCGAGCGUGAGUUGGUCCGUGCACUGCAAUCUUUGUCCAUGGGCAAGCCAGCGCAGCGAUUGCUAGUGCGCAACUCAAAAACGAAAACAAAGGACAUUGAGCCCUCGGACGAGUUUUAUGUGAACGAUGCAUUUGUCUCCAAGUUCCACAGGGUAAAGAUCCAAACGGUCGCUGCCAAGGGUGAAUCGGAGCCGGAACGCAAGGAGACGCGUGGCAAGGUAGAUGAAGAUCGCAAGCACGAAAUCGAGGCGGCAAUUGUGCGGAUUAUGAAGGCGCGCAAACGCAUGGCGCACAAUCUGCUUGUCUCGGACGUUACGUCGCAGUUAAAAUCACGUUUCUUGCCUUCGCCUGUGUUCAUUAAGAAACGAAUCGAAGGUCUGAUCGAGCGUGAAUAUCUAGCGCGAACGCCAGAGGAUCGUAAAGUGUACAUUUACUUGGCUUAAAAAGAGUGCUCACGUCACUCAUCAUUUUGCAAUCGAAAGCCAACUAUACACGAGGAACUGUGGCCCCAUCAUCACUCCUCAAAUCCCUCCCCAUCUAACCCGCUCUCCCCUCCAAACCCAACUCCCCUCCACCCAUUUUCAACUUUUAUCAAUUCGCAAUUAAUCGGUAACACACAACUAUCAACAACUUCAAUUAAGCGCCAAUGCAGCCACGAGCAUCCAAACUGGAAUCAUAUAUUUUGACCAAGAUGUUAAAUAGAAUAGACAAGUGCGAAAUUUGUAAGCCUGACAUUCAAAAUUGAACAGUUAUUGCUAAUCUAUAGAUGGUUAUGCAGCUCUCCUUCUUUCUCUCUCUAAUGCUAUUGCUAUCCAUAAUAUAAUUUCGACUAUUCUCUAAA